GGUGCAAGGGACCGGGGGCGGGGCGAGUCCACUGUGAUACUCCUGGACGCGCGUGCGUGGCGGAGUGUCAUGGCGCUGUGGGGCCGACGAGCUUUCUCUGCUUUACGGGUGUGGGGCCCGGGAGUAUUGCAGGUGGAAGAAAGUGCAUAUCUAAUUCUGUGAGUGCUUCAGGCAGUUUUGGAAGCAGAGGCAGCAGUGAAAAGAAGUUCUCCCUGCAAGAUGUAGCUGAGCUCAUUCGAACCAGAGCCUGCCAGAGAGUGGUGGUCAUGGUGGGUGCUGGGAUCAGCACACCCAGCGGCAUUCCAGACUUCAGAUCUCCAGGGAGUGGCCUCUAUAGCAACCUCCUGCAAUAUAACCUCCCGUACCCUGAAGCCAUUUUUGAACUUGAAUUUUUCUUUCACAAUCCCAAGCCCUUUUUUACUUUGGCCAAACAGCUGUACCCUGGGAACUAUCGGCCCAACAUUAUUCAUUACUUCUUUCGGCUGCUCGAUGACAAGGGCCUGCUUUUGCGCCUCUAUACUCAGAACAUCGAUGGGCUUGAGAGAGUGUCUGGCAUCCCAGUUUCAAAGCUGGUUGAAGCUCACGGAACCUUUGCCUCAGCCACCUGCACUGUCUGUCGAAGAUCCUUCCCAGAGAAGGACUUAUGGGCUGAUGUGAUGAUGGACAAGGUCCCCUGUUGCCCAGUUUGCACUGGCAUUGUGAAGCCUGACAUUGUGUUCUUUGGGGAGCCGCUGCCUGAGAGGUUCUUGCUACAUGUGCUUGAUUUUCCCAUGGCAGAUCUGCUGCUCAUCCUUGGGACCUCCCUGGAGAAUCAGGGAUUGAACUCAGGCCCCUGUGCUUGCCAGGUGGAACCUUUUGCCAGUUUGUCUGAGGCUGUACGUGGCUCAGUGCCUCGACUGCUCAUCAACCGGGACCUAGUGGGACCCUUUGCUUGGCAUCCUCGCAGCAGAGAUGUGGUCCAGCUAGGGGAUGUGGUUCACAAUGUGGAAAGGCUGGUGGAGCUUCUGGGCUGGACAGAAGAGCUGCAGGACCUUGUCCAGCGGGAAACUGGAAAGCUGGAUGGACGAGACAUAUGAAGUGACUGUCCCGUGUCCAAGAGACAGGCACACCUAUCUACAUCCCAUUUCUGAAGACAGCCUGGGCAGACUCACAAAUCGUGGCUGAACUGCAGCAAGCAGCCUGAGGUAGCAUGAAUGCCUGAGGCUGCAUCAGGAUGGCUGUUGGGCAGGACCUGUUUGUGCUUGGGGCCACUUGGCCAGUUGCCAAGGAACUGCCUGUCCUGUUUGGUGUGUCAGCUUUUGCUCUCACAUGUAAAGCAUUUUGUUCUGAGGAUGACCCUCUAGGACAUAAGCAGACAGCUGGAACCCUGGACUGUCUGUAGGGUAGCUUGGUAUUUGUUAGACCUGAAGUUGGACUCAGGUGAUACACUAGGGUUUUCUAGCAUGUUGUUCUCUGCAGUUGGAUUAUUUUUAGAGAAAAUCAUAUCCUUCA